AGCCAUUUGACACCUUUGAUUGACUGAUUUCUGUCAAUUUAAGAUAAAAGUCCGCGGCAAAAUUAAAUAUUUUUAAUUUUAUAAUGUUUUUGUGAAUUAUUUUGUGUAGAUUAUUUAUUUUCAUGUUUAUUAAAUUACGUUUUUGAGUCAUUUAACAAAAUAUGAAUUUUGUUACAAAAAAGAUUUACGAUCAUGUUAAAAAUUCUACUACUCUUGGGUCUGUCGCACACUGCGGCGUUGGUGGACGGGACACCUUACUGCGCUCUGCGCUACAGGCGCCUGUGCCAGGGGAAGGGCAGACACGUGGCGUGCCGGUUUCCCGUCCCGGGACCAGGGUUGUCAUGUCAAAAUUAUACCCAAAUAAAAUUCACAAGUGAUCUGAAAAAUUUCAUAGUCCAUUAUAUAAACAAACGUCGGCAACGCAUCGCUGCUGGGAAGGAGAGAGUUCGUGGCGGUGUGCAUUUACCGCGUCCACAGAUUAUGAUGUUAGUUAGUUGGGACCGCGAGUUAGCUAAACUGGCUCAGAGACUUGCAGACCAGUGCCAAUUCGUACACGAUGACUGUAGAGCUACUGUGCGUUACCCAUAUGCUGGUCAGAGCGUAGGAGAGGUGCGCUGGCGCAGCGGCGCCGAGGGCGAGGCUGCGUCCCUGGGCGCCCAGCGCGCGAUACGUCGCGUGCUCGACGCGUGGUGGGGCGAGCGACGUCGCGUGUACGCGCGACAACUCAUUGCGCCCUUCAGACUUACUACCAAAGAUAUGGUCUGGGGCCACUUCAGCCAGCUAGCAGUAUGGAGACUCCAAGCAGUAGGCUGUGGCGCCGUGCGUCACGGCUUCCAACAUACGAGAAUGUUGCUAGUGUGUGACUUCUCCCACACUAACAUGCUGGGUCAAAGGACGAUGACGCCGGGCCCCCUGGCGCCUUGUCCAAUGCACACUGAGAGGCGGCCGCGGUCUGCUUACCCUUUGCUGUGUGCUCCAUUAAAAAUACCAACAUCUACAGAAAAAGACGACCGCGAAAUUAUCAAAGGCUACGAUUAUAGCUACGACGAAGACGUAGAAGAUGAUGAAGAAGAAGAAAGAAUAACGCAAGCAACACGAGCAAUUGCCAAAUAUAGAACGACCACGCAACGGGCAAUAGAUAAGUUUGAGCAAGAUAUAGACUUGAGUAGCAGUGAGCCUGUCACUAUGAAGAAGUACCGCCAUUGGGAGACAAGAAGAUUAGGGUUUGGUAGAUCACAUGUGGAUUCAGAGAACGAGGACUACGCAAUAUUUUCAAAAGCUAAACAGAAGCUGAUACAUGAUGAAGCAUAUGAUGAUGAGGAUACGAAGCCGGAGGAUGAAGGAAACCUCUUCACCAGAGCUGAUGGCACUGCUAAUCAAGUAUUAAAUUCAAGGCAGAGAUGGAAACAGGCACGAAUUAGACCACAGAGGCCUGGAGCAAACGCCCUAUUGAAGAAAGCACCAGAGAAACAUAUUCAACGAUCGUCUAUGAUUCCAUUCCUGUUGGACAAAGACCACUCUGACCAGUUGUUUCGGGACACGGGGUUCCAUGUUAACUGGAGGAAACAGAUACAGGAAUAACAAAUUUAUAAAACUUUAU